AUGUUUCUUUUUGCGCCAGAGAAUGGCAGCUCGACGCUGUCUCCAUGGACGACGAAGCCAUUGUCCCCAGACUCGCCUAGCCUGCAAUCGGCGUCGGAAAUGAGCGAGGCUGGGCUGCCAACGCCUAUCCUCGCCGCCAUAGGAAAAGAUUCGCCCGGCGCAUACAGCAUGGUUCUUCCCUCCCUCUUUGCCAAAUCCUCAAAGAAGUCGUCAAAGACCCGCGAGAUACCCAACCUUGCCCCCCGGCCUGCACCGCAUAGCAGUUCCAGUACCCCUCCACCUUCACCCGACAAGCAGUCGUCACACACGCGGGUGAAAGAUCGGGAACGCUCCACUCGCCGUUCGAGCUCGUACUCGUCCAAGCGCUCGUCCAAGUACGACCGUGACUCCCACCCGCUAAACCUCCCGCCCGAAGAGCGUCAGCGCCUGUCUUCGCAAAUGUCGGCCAUGGAGCAACAGCCCACGCCUCAGCCAAUGGAUCUCGACCGGGACGGCUCGUCGCCGCCGCCCGCCUCAUCCAGUCCCGUCACAGAAGCCCCCCCCAAGACCAACGGCGGGCCAGCGCCUCCCCCACACCGGUAUACAAAGAGCCCACCCCCGCCCACAGCAAAUUACGCCGCUACCCCGGAGGCUGCCACGCCGCCUGCAGAGCCCCCGACCAUCGACGCUGAAGAGUACAAGGCUGCGGGCAACAAGUUCUUCAAGAUCAAGGACUACCCCCGCGCCAUUGAAGAAUACUCCAAAGCCAUCGAGGCAGACCCCAAAAAUGCCACGUACUACUCGAACCGGGCUGCGGCCUAUAUUUCGGCAAACCGCUUCGUCGAGGCCAUGGAAGACUGCAAGAUGGCAGACGAGCUCGACCCCAACAAUAUGAAGAUUCUCCUGCGGUUAGGUAGAGUAUACACGAGUCUGGGACGGCCAGAUGAGGCCGUGGACGUUUACAACUCAAUCAACGCUACAGCAAAGGAUAAGCAACCCGCUUUGACCAUGCAGAAGCACCUGCGCACCGCCGAGGAGACUUCGCGAAACGAAGGGUCGGGCUCCAUGGUCAUAUACGCCCUCAACGAGGCAGAAAAGGGUCUUGGCAUGGGCGUUGACAAGCCACGGAAAUGGCAGCUCAUGCGGGGAGAGGCACACCUGCGCAUGGGCAAUGCCAACGCACUUGGCGAGGCACAGAAUGUGGCCAUGUCACUUCUGCGAUACAACAACCAGGACCCGGAUGCCCUGGUACUGCGUGGUCGCAUCCUAUACGCGCAGGGCGAAAACGACAAGGCCGUGCAGCAUUUCAGACAGGCGCUGAACUGCGACCCCGACUUCAAAACGGCCGUAAAGUACCUGCGAAUGGUGCAAAAGCUGGACCGCUUGAAGUCAGAGGGUAACGCUGCCUUUAAGGCUGGCAGGUUCCAAGAAGCCAUCGACACCUACUCACAAGCGCUCGCAGUAGACCCUUCCAACAAGAGCACUAAUUCAAAGAUACUGCAGAACAGAGCACUAUGCCACAGCCGACAAAAGAGCUGGAAGCAGGCUAUCGCAGACUGCGAGAAGGCGCUAGAGCUCGACCCCAGCUACACCAAGGCGCGGAAAACCCGGGCUAAGGCAUUGGGUGAGAAUGGCAAUUGGGAAGAAGCAGUGCGAGAUCUCAAGGCCAUUGCUGAAGAGAACCCGUCCGAACCGGGCAUUGCCAAGGAGAUUCGCGAUGCUGAGAUGGAAUUGAAGAAGAGCAAGAGGAAGGACUACUACAAGAUUCUCGGUAUCCAAAAAGACGCGACCGAGACUGAGAUCAAGAAGGCCUACCGAAAACUCGCAAUCAUACACCACCCCGACAAGAACCCCGACGACGCAGACGCCGCAGACCGUUUCAAGGAGAUUCAGGAGGCACAUGAGACCCUGAGCGAUGCCCAGAAGCGUGAAAGAUAUGAUUCUGGGGCCGACCUUGUUGACCCCAACGACAUGUUCGGUGGUGGUGGCAUGGGAGGUGGCAUGGGCGGAGGCAUGGGUGGCAUCGACCCCGAGAUUCUCAUGCAGAUGUUCGGCGGCAUGGGCGGAGGCGGUAUGGGAGGCGGCCGUGGCGGAGGCGGCUUCCACUUCAGCUCUGGCGGCGGCCCAGGUGGCAGUCCCUUUGGUGGCAUGGGCGGCAUGCCAAACGGCGGUGGCCGAAGAGGACCACCCGGUGGUUUCCCUUUCUAA